AUGGCGACACCACUCAUAGGCGCCGGAAGCCGACGCUCGGGAUCGUCAGAGCCUGCUGCGCGAGCACGCAAGUCUGUUUCUGCUUUUCGAUCCAUUGCUGUCGACCAACCAGAUCCUCACUUUGUUAGGUACCUGUCAGAGCCCGCCAAAAGGUCGUUACGAUCUUUGGCAGAGAUGCGUGAUAAGCAGGAAGAGACCAACAUCCCUUGUUCAGUGCGACUAGCUUGCCACACUUGUACGCUUUUGGGCUGA